CCCCGCCUCCCGCUAGCUCCGGGCUGCCCAGAGGUCGCCCGCGUCCGUUGCCCGGGAAGCCCACUGAGCUCCGCGGGCCACAGCCUGAGGGCUUGUAGGCAGUCAGUCGGUGGGGAUGAAGCCGUCUUGGCUGCAGUGCCGCAAAGUCACCGGCGCCGGGGCACUCGGGGGGCCCCUGCCCGGGUCCUCUUCGGCCCGAGGAGCCGGUGUAGCCCUCAGGGCUUUGGUAGCCCCGGGCCCGCGGGGCGCUCUCGGGGGCCGGGGCUACCGAGCGCUGUCCUCUGGGAGCUGCGAGUACAAGACCCACUUUGCGGCCUCGGUGGCGGACCCCGAGAGGUUCUGGGGCAAAGCUGCUGAGCAGAUCAGCUGGUACAAGCCCUGGACCAAAACGCUGGAGAACAGACACCCGUCCUCCACCAGCUGGUUUGUGGAGGGAAUGCUUAACAUUUGUUAUAAUGCCAUUGAUCGUCAUAUUGAAAAUGGUAGAGGGGAUAAGAUUGCUAUCAUCUAUGACAGUCCCGUUACAAAUACUAAAGAAACUAUCACCUAUAAAGAAGUCCUGGAGCAGGUCUCUAAACUAGCUGGUGUUUUGGUCAAGUAUGGUAUCAAAAAAGGAGACACUGUGGUCAUCUACAUGCCCAUGAUCCCACAAGCAAUGUAUACCAUGCUGGCAUGUGCAAGGAUAGGAGCUAUCCACAGCCUCAUAUUCGGGGGAUUUGCAUCUAAAGAACUAAGUGGUCGCAUCGAUCAUUCAAAGCCCAAGGUGGUUGUUACAGCCUCAUUUGGCAUUGAACCUGGACGGAAGGUAGAAUACGUACCACUUUUAGAAGAAGCCCUAAGAAUAGGACAACACAAGCCAGACAAAGUUCUCAUUUAUAAUCGUCCAAAUAUGGAGGCGGUUCCUUUGGUGCCAGGCCGUGAUCUUGAUUGGGAAGAAGAAAUGGCAAAAGCCCAGUCACAUGACUGUGUUCCUGUGCUCUCAGAGCAUCCUCUGUAUAUUCUUUACACGUCUGGAACAACUGGGUUACCUAAGGGUGUGGUCAGACCCACUGGAGGAUAUGCUGUAAUGCUAAACUGGACGAUGUCUUCCAUAUACGGACUUAAACCUGGAGAGGUGUGGUGGGCAGCUUCUGACUUAGGCUGGGUUGUUGGACAUUCCUACAUCUGCUAUGGACCUCUCCUGCAUGGGAACACUACAGUUUUAUAUGAAGGGAAGCCUGUGGGAACACCAGAUGCUGGCGCUUAUUUCCGUGUGCUUGCAGAGUAUGGAGUUGCUGCCUUGUUUACAGCACCUACUGCAAUUAGAUCAAUCCGUCAACAGGACCCUGGGGCAGCCCUGGGGAAGCAGUACUCUCUGACAAGGUUCAAAACAUUAUUUGUGGCUGGAGAACGAUGUGAUGUGGAGACGCUGGAAUGGUCCAAGAAGGUCUUCAGAGUACCUGUCCUAGAUCAUUGGUGGCAAACUGAGACCGGAUCCCCAAUUACAGCAUCAUGUGUUGGACUAGGUAACUCUAAAACACCUCCACCAGGGCAAGCAGGAAAAUCUGUUCCAGGAUAUAAUGUUAUGAUUUUGGAUGACAACAUGCAAAAAUUGAAGGCUCGAUGCUUAGGAAAUAUUGUGGUAAAGUUGCCAUUACCACCGGGGGCUUUUUCAGGACUCUGGAAGAAUCAGGAAGCGUUCAAGCAUUUAUAUUUUGAAAAAUUUCCUGGAUACUAUGACACUAUGGAUGCUGGUUACAUGGAUGAAGAAGGCUAUGUGUAUGUUAUGUCUCGAGUUGAUGAUGUCAUAAAUGUUGCAGGUCACAGGAUUUCUGCUGGUGCCAUUGAAGAGUCUGUCCUUUCCCAUGGUACUGUUGAAGACUGCGCUGUGGUUGGCAAGGAAGAUCCUUUGAAAGGUCAUGUUCCCUUAGCAAUCUGUGUGUUGAAGAAGGGUAUAAAUGCAACAGAGAAACAAGUUUUAGAAGAAAUUGUGAAACAUGUUAGACAGAGCAUUGGCCCUGUGGCUGCUUUUCGAAAUGCAGUGUUUGUUAAACAGUUGCCCAAAACCAGAUCUGGCAAAAUUCCUCGAUCUAUUCUAUCUGCUUUAGUAAAUGGCAAGGCAUAUAAGAUAACUCCCACAAUUGAAGACCCCAGCAUUUUUGGACACAUAGAAGAAGUGCUGAAAAAGGCAUCAUGAUUUUUGCUUCUAUAAUGAAUUGGUUUGUGUUAAUUCUGUAGUUCGAAUUAAGUUAUUUGAGUUACUUCCCAGAAAUAAAAAUUCACAGAAAAAUGACUUGCCAAUUGAAAUGUGAAAUGUAAAACUUCUAGGAAACCAGUCUCAUGAAAACUAGUGAAAGAACCUGUCUGAUUUGCCUCAAUUGUAUGGUUUUUCAGUUGCCUGUAACAUGGCUCACCAUAUGUUGUUCAGUGCUAUAAGAAAAAUGUAUCAAUUUUAUGCUUAAAACAUUAUUCCCCCUAAAAAUCCACUGUAAUUAAAUGUGGCUCUUAUAAACAUUUCCUGACAAAAUUUAAAACACAAUUCAAUGUCAAAAAAUAAUUAAAAUUUUGAAUAUUCUUAAGAUUCUUUAGAUGCCUACUCUUUCUAAGUGAAAUAGAUAAAAUGGGGAAUUUUAGGCAAUUAUCUAGACAGAUGAAGGUAUUGUCUAGGUAGGGAGAUCUGUGUGGCCAUAUUUCCUGAGGGAAAGCAGGAAGCCAGGGUUAAAGCUCUUCCUGGUGGUCCCUCUGUUACUUAGACAAGGGAAAUCACAUGCCUGGCAGAGAAUCUAAAGAUGACUCAACCCAAUCUUUGCAUCUUGGGAGAUGAAGGCUCCCAAGAGCCCCUACUCAUGUCUCAGGUUCUUAAUUUACUUCUUAAUGAUCCUGUCUUUGUUAAGGAGUCAAAGAAAUAACACAAAUGAAGUAGGGUGGCAAGGAAAGCUCUGAAGAAUGAAAGGUAAAGGCUUUAACAUUAGGAUGCAGAUGAAGGGACUUUCCAGAUAGGUUAGUGUAAUGUCAGUGAGGUUUUCAGUGAGCCUGAGCCACUUAGCCUGUAUUUCAGGUCAAUAGGGAAUGGUAAAGCCUGGAGAGCGCCUGCUCCAUCAAAGGAGAGCCCUGCCUGCUUCUGGAAGAAUGUGUAACAGGAGGGAGGGAGACAGAUGUCCUGCUGCAAGAGCCUCAGGUUUCCAAGAGAAGCCAAAAACCCAUAGUUAUUUUUGUGGAAGCUAUAAUUUUAUAUAACUGAUGACACAUGUAAAAAUUACGUCCAAACAUAUCUUUACAAUUAAACUUCUAUAAAAUUAGGAAGACUUUUUAAUAGAAAUUUAAAACUAGUCUUUAAUGAGCUUAUGGUAAUGUACUGAAUAACUAGAGUAGAUAUAAGUAGAUAAUGAACAGUUAUCAAAGAAUGCAUUUAAGCACAAAACCUGUACCAUGCCCGUUGAAUCUUGGAAAAUUCUCCAAGUAUUUCUCAAUCGUUUAGUUAUUUGGGAACAUUAUUUUCAAGAACACAUUGUCCUAACAUAAUAGUUUGGGUAAAGGAAAUAUCUGUGAGUGAUAAUAGAUGUGAAUUUACUUGUUUGUGUCAUAAAAAUAGUUUAAAGACUGUAUAAAACAUUCUGAAAAUAUUAGCUCUUUUUGAACUGUAGGCUACAAAAUAAAUGGUUUAUCCAAAUAAAUUCUUAUUUGCUUAACUUGC